CUGCCUCCCUUUUUUUUUCAAGUCCCAAUUCUUUUUGUUUGUUUCUAGGUUUAUUUUGGGAAACAAUGGAAGCUAGUUUGUCGCCCAUGAAGCGACGCGCCGUGCUCGGUGCAAAGGACGCGAACGCGGCUCUGGCAACACCGAAUACAAACAAGAUGGCGAGGAUUGGAACGCCAAUGCUUUCAACGCCUUCAGCUCUCUUGGUGACUAGCCCAUUGAGGGAAGUUUCAUCAGAAAAGGGAAAGAAGAGAACAGCGGAAGAGGGAGGUCCAGAGGUUGCGGAUGAGAGUCCCGAGACCAAGAAGGCGUGUGUUGAUGGUGCUGCGCGAUCACGGUCACCUAGCAUUGAAACAAGCUCUCUCUUUGAUACUUCCGCCGGGGACGCUUCGUGGGCUACUGCGCCAACAGAACCAGACACGGCCACAGCAGCUGCAGACACACCACUGCUCGCUACAAGACCCAGGGCAAUGACAAGAGAGCAGGCAAGAGAGAAAGCAGAGAUUCUCCGAUUGCGACUCGGCCUCGCAGGAUACAAGCUGCGCACCGGCCAGACAACAAUCCCCCUCUCCAAACUGCAACACAGACCCCUCCCCCCAGCAACAAUAACACGCAAACGAGCGAGCACCACCACCCACGCGAAACCGACAAAUACACACAGCAGGGCCCAGAGCGCGGAUUCAAUCCCGCAGGUGCCCGCGCUGUCGCAGCAGUCGAUCACCACGUCGGUUGCUUCCGACGCCAUGACCCUGCCUGCGUCUCAGGAGAGCGUCGUUGUAGAGACGAGGGGCAACACGCCUGACGGCGCCGAGGCGCAGGACGAAGCCGGAAAUGUCGAGAGAGACAAGGCCGUUCUGCUUCCCAUUGGCGAAUUGGAUUCUCCUUCUCAAUUCUUCCAAUCUAGCCCGGCGCCGGCACCGGUAUCUUCUCUGAGGAGUACGUGUACGGAUGUGGCGUCAAAUAAUGUAGAAAGGUCAUGAUGCGUGUGCUAUGAAAACUAGAAUUUCUCCUGAUUUUCACAUCUUGAAAGAAGAUGAAUGGGGCAGCCAGUUCCUUUUGGCUUGAUUUCCGGUAUCAGGAACACUUGCAUGUAUUUGUUAUAAUAGGUAAAAAACACAGCUCUUUAGAUGGCGAUCAUGACGCAAUUUCACACGAAUAGCGUAACGAAACUAUGAAGAAUAGAGAUGGGAGUUAUCAUGA